CCGUUAGGUUUAACACCUAAGUUUCAAAAUUUUCCCGGGAGACAAGAAAGAUUCAAAACACAAAGCAGAGAGAGAAAGAGAGAGAAAGAUCAAUGGAAAAAUGAACGAAGAGGAGAGAGUUGGUUCAUCGUCGUCUUCUUCAUCUUCUCUUCCUGUGAGCUACGGAGUUGACUGUGAAAAAUAUGACUUCUCUUCCUCUGUUUCUUCUCUGUCUCAACCAUUUUCUCCUGAAGGUUCAAGCAACAAGAGUCACGUUCUUGAAAACAAUCUUUCUUUUGUUUUCUCGUUGGACCAUAAUAGCAACAGCAGUCUCAUGUUUCCUAGAGAUAGACCAUGUUCUUGUCUCCACCAUGUCUUCGAGUGGAUUCUACAGAGAUGUUGUGGUUGCCUUUGUUAGCUGUCAUUCUUCCUCUUUCAGACUUAACAUACCAUUGUAUCUUGUGCCCGAUCCAGUAACUUCGAUUCUAGCAACCUAAAACACAUCAUUCAUGCUAUAAAAGAUAUGUUUGUGAAUUUUUCCAAUUGUAUCUCUUUUGAUUUUCUUGAAGGGACAAUAUAUUGAUUUAGCUGUACAGUAUAUCUAUUUAGUUGAACCAAAAAAAAAGAAAAUAAAAGCUCUAUAUCAAAUUUUGUGUAAGUAGUAAAUUAUGUUUUAGUUUUUUGCUAGU